AAAAAUAUUUAAAAAUGAAUACUUUAUUCGCGUGUUUCGUCGCAUCCCUGGCCGUCGCACAGGUAGCUCUCGGGGACGACCCGUUAGCCGCGGCAAAGUGUCGGUCCCUUCAUCACGUGGACGUGGAACCGGUGGGCACACAGUAUAUGAACCAGAAUUGUGAGCUAGAUUGUAAUGUUCACGGUACCGUCUACCACCACAAUAUGUCCGAGGGGUUGGCAUGCCCUGGGCUGAAUGCAACUAAAAAUGUGUGCAUUGGUGGCAAAUGUGUGGCUCCCAUUAAAUUGGGUUACAUUGACAUCGAGAUGAGCUCGGCCUCCCUGGCCAAAGCCGUUUCCGCUUACGCUGACGUGUGCCUACAAAAUUCAUCCACAACUGUAGAGCUACCUAUUGUAAAUCGUACAACGUGUGUCACGUGUCAAACUAAAGUGGCACCCACCUCUACCAACCCCAUAUGGGGUGUGGUAUGUACGGGCUCACACAACUUCCAAUGGGUACAGGAGUCCCGCGUGACCUUUGAACUCUGGGAACAGGGAUCCGGCAAAAAUACAUUCGGAGGUGGCGCCUCCCUGUUGAUCACCGAGUUAUUGGCUCAUGGUGAUAGUCAUAAAAGCAUUCAAUUGUCUCUGGCCAGAGGUGAUAAUUCAGGGAAAAUGACCGUGAUGGUCACGUGGACUCCCAAAUAAAUUAGCAGCUUGAUUAUUUCAAAAUAAAAGAUUGUUUAUCAUUAUUAAAUAUAUAAAAUAAAAAUUUUAAUAUUCGAAUACUUUAGUUUCUCACUAUGGCUAGUAAUAAAUAUAGUGAACUGUUUAUGAUAAAAUAAAAAUGGGUUAUUUAAACUUGAAA